UCUCUGAUUAAGAAGGAGUCAGGAGUGAUGUGUUUUGCAUUGUGAGUUGUGUAACCUACACUUUGAGCUAAGGAACUGGAAGUUUUAGUUGUUUUAUUUGACAGUUUUGCGGAAAAAGUCGGUUAAAAAUGUCUGCCGAGUCAGCUGUGGAAAGGAAUGCUGAAAGAAGAAAACGAGUGUUUGUUGGUGCAUUGCCACCAGAUUUCUUGCGUAUUUCGACAGACACGCGACAACAGCAACAAGAGUCAGCUGAUCAGCAGGCUGCUCUGGCAUUGCAUCAUCAGAUGGUCGGAAUGACAUAUGCACAGAACACUACAGGAAGACUUAGUAUUACCAUUGGUCAGGCAAAAUUAGUUAAAAAUUAUGGAAUGACUCGCAUGGAUCCUUAUGUGAGGCUAAGAGUUGGCCACUGUGUGUAUGAAACACACACUGAUCCCAAUGGCGGCAAAAAUCCAAGAUGGAAUAAAGUUAUACAGUGCCUGCUUCCUCAAGGUGUGACAAGCAUAUACCUCGAGAUUUAUGAUGAAUGCUCAUUUACCAUGGACGAAUUGAUUGCCUGGGCUCAUAUCCCAAUCCCACAGGCCGUAAUGAAUGGAGAAACACAUGAAGAAUGGUAUCAGCUAAGUGGAAAACAAGGCGAAGGAAUGGAAGGAAUGAUUAAUUUGGUCCUUAGUUAUACAACACAUGUAGCUCCACAGUAUGUUUACUCAUCUGUUGCACCAGUGGUAAUGGUGCCAUCGGUAAACCCACCAGUGUAUGGAAUGAGGCCAUACGCACCAGUACCAGUCUACACUGCACCCCCAACACAGCCUCCUCAGCCACACCUGUCAGAACAGGAACUUAAGCAGAUUGAAGAAAUGUUUCCUAAUAUGGACAAAGAAGUAAUUAAGUCUGUUUUUGAAGCUAACAGAGGCAGCAAAGAUGGUACAGUCAAUUCACUUUUACAGAUGAGUGAAUGAUGUGCUCAAUAGUGCACACUUUCUGUAUGAUGUCAACAAGUACCUUAUGUUUAACAUAAGGCAUUGUAUUCAUUUAUAUUAAUGAGUGUGGUUUAAAUAUAUAUGAAUCCAGAAAAUGAUGUAUGUGCCAUGUUGUUAUAUUCUAUGUUAAUUAUCUUUAUUUUGUUAAUAUACAAAAAUUGUAACAGCUUAUUGAUUAUGCAGUUAAUAAUCAAAUUCAUUAAAAACUUUUA